AUGUACUAUCCUAAUCUCGCAGAUCGAGUUUCGUUUCGUUUAACUUUUGCCGCCUUAUUCUGUGAUAUAGGCUAUUCUGGUCAUCUUUUGGUCAUUUUGGGUUGGAAUAAUACACCUGGUUUUUUUUGUGGAUACACAGUUUGGGCAAUUGUAUUCUUUGGUCUCUCUUCCUUAUUCUUUAUCGUUUGUAUAGCUUUGAACCUUCAUAUAAUAUUCAUAAAUGAAUAUAAAAGUCGAUAUAAUUUUGAAAAAUAUUAUUUUAUAACGGCAUUUUCAUUUGCACUUUUACUUUCUCUUCUUCCUGUAAUCGCUAAUAUGAGUUGUUGGUAUCGUGAUUCGGGUCAAGAAUACAACAUAAUAUGGCAAUGGGUUACUCUUUUUGGUUGGAUAGAUGUAUCCAUAUUGUAUUGUGCAAUCGUUGUUAUUAUGGUGAUUAGAAAACUCAGAUAUGUGACAAAAAAAGUUGACGAUGUUUUUGAUUCUUUUCCGACUACUCAAUUAUCUGGUUAUCCUGCCUUAAUUAAUAAGACUGUGAUUUUUUCUGUUGUCAGAAGAGUCAUGUGGUAUCCUGUGGUACCAUUAAUAGCUCAAUUUUUAUUUUCCCAAGAUAUUGCUGUUACUCGUGCUUAUCAGGCUAUUAAACUACAAUGGUGGAUAUCCAAUGUUAACGCUUAUGAGUCACUCUAUCCUCAUCGAUCUUACAACAAAGCUAUUAUUGAUGAUAUCGGAAUUUUACAACCUUCUCUUUUAGAAUGGUUAAGAUAUAUGCUAUUGAUUAAACUUUUCUCGGUUCCAAAAAUUUCACCUCGAUUAAUGUCACUUGAACUUUUAUCACCAGUCAAUUCAAUUACUGGAAAUAAGCCCAAUACCUCUUCUGCUCUGUUUGGAAAAAACGAUUUAAAGCAGGAUAUAACACCUCCUAACAAUCAAAAUGAUGAUCAAGAUAUUCAUUUAGUUCUUCCUGAGCCUGUACAUUUAAAAAAUUCUUUUCAAUAUUCCUCAUUAGAUUUAAUAUCUCAUAGUUUAAAUCCAUCAACUUCUUCUGAUCCUUUAAUAGUACUGAUUAAUAUGCCUGUUAAUGAUGAACAAACAAAAAGACUAUCAGAUGAUUAUUUGAAAAUAUAUGGUCAAGAUACCGAGUUAUCUCAAGAGAUUGAAAUAGUUAAGCUCAUAUUAAAAAGACUAUAA